AGUGCAUCCUGGUUCAGACCAGAUGUCCCGUGAAGGUCUGACCCGUUGACACCCCCAGCUCAGUCCCCCAUUGUCUACUGCUCAAGGAUGCCCACGAACUAGGAAUUCGGAGCCGUCUUCCCUGGCCUGUGCUUGGUUGGCAUCUCUCCUGCUUACGGAGUCUCGAAUGGGUGUUGUCAAUCGAGCUGUGAAGACGCUACAUCCUCGCGGAAUUUCUUCGUUCCUGUCUGGUUUCUCUUUGUCUCGCCCUCUUUCCUCCAUUUCUCGAGGAAUCAGAGCGACCAUCAAUGGUUUAGGAUUUUCCAAUUCAUUUUGCUCUCAAUCUCGCCAUGUUGACAAAGACAAUGGCAUAGAUGUGACCGGGUUUCCGCCGGAACGGAUCCGGAAUUUCUCUAUAAUCGCCCACGUCGAUCACGGGAAAUCGACUCUGGCGGAUCGGUUGCUGGAACUGACGGGGACCAUCAAGAAGGGUCAUGGGCAACCUCAGUACCUCGACAAACUGCAGGUUGAGAGAGAAAGGGGGAUAACAGUUAAGGCUCAGACUGCAACUAUGUUUUAUAGAUAUGAUGGCCAUGAUUCUGAACGCUCUAGAAAUACUGAGGUGCCUACUUUCUUACUUAACCUUAUCGAUACACCUGGUCAUGUAGAUUUCAGCUAUGAAGUAUCAAGGUCUCUUGCUGCCUGCCAAGGUGCUCUUUUGGUAGUUGAUGCGGCCCAAGGUGUCCAAGCACAGACUGUUGCUAACUUUUACCUUGCUUUUGAAUCAAAUCUGACAAUCAUCCCUGUAAUAAACAAGAUUGAUCAGCCUACUGCUGAACCUGAUCGUGUUAAGGCUCAGUUAAAAUCCUUAUUUGAUCUUGAUCCAAAGGAUGCUCUCUUGACUUCUGCUAAAACUGGUGAAGGUCUUGUACAUCUGCUUCCUGCAGUCAUAGAACGGAUACCACACCCACAAGGGAAGACUGAAUCACCUCUUCGGAUGCUUCUAUUAGAUUCCUAUUAUGAUGAAUAUAAAGGAGUUAUCUGCCACGUUGCCAUAGUUGAUGGUACGCUUAAAAAAGGGGAGAAGAUCGCAUCAGCUGCAACAGGACAAGUUUAUGAUGCUCUCGAUGUUGGGAUUAUGCAUCCAGAACUCACACCAACAGGAAUCCUUUUGACUGGUCAAGUGGGUUAUCUUGUUAGUGGCAUGCGUACAACCAAAGAAGCUCGUGUCGGUGACACACUUUUCCAUGCACGAAGUGUUGUUCAGCCACUUCCUGGUUUCAAGCCCGCAAAACACAUGGUCUUCGCUGGCCUUUAUCCUGCUGAUGGAUCUGAUUUUGAUGCUCUUAAUCAUGCUAUAGAAAGACUUACAUGCAAUGAUGCUAGUGUUUCUGUGACUAAGGAGAGUAGUACAGCACUUGGCCUUGGUUUCAGAUGUGGUUUCUUAGGGUUGCUUCAUAUGGAUGUGUUCCAUCAACGGCUUGACCAGGAGUAUGGGGCACAAGUUAUAUCAACUAUUCCUACAGUGCCUUAUAUUUUUGAAUACUCUGAUCGGAGCAAAAUUCAUGUUCAAAAUCCUGCUAUGUUGCCAUCAAACCCUGGGAAACGUGUAGAAACCUGUUGGGAACCCUCAGUAAUUGCUACGAUCAUUAUCCCCAGCGAAUAUGUUGGACCUGUCAUUACCUUAUGCUCUGAGAGGAGGGGACAACAACUUGAGUACUCAUUUAUUGAUAGCCAAAGGGUUUUUAUGAAAUAUCGGCUUCCGCUAAGGGAGAUUGUUGUCGACUUCUACAAUGAAUUGAAGAGUAUUACAUCUGGAUAUGCCUCGUUUGAUUAUGAGGAGGCUGAAUAUCAAGCCGCUGAUUUAGUGAAGCUUGACAUUCUUCUGAAUGGGCAACCAGUUGAUGCUAUGGCAACUAUUGUCCACAAUCUGAAGGCACAGCGAGUCGGUCGUGAACUGGUGGAAAAGCUCAAGAAGUUUAUAGACAGGCAAAUGUUUGAGAUAACCAUACAAGCUGCUAUUGGGUCAAAAGUUAUUGCAAGAGAGACUAUUUCAGCAAUGAGGAAGAAUGUGCUUGCAAAAUGCUAUGGCGGGGAUGUUACCCGAAAGAGGAAGCUGCUAGAGAAGCAGAAGGAAGGGAAGAAAAGAAUGAAACGAGUUGGCUCAGUCGAUAUACCACAGGAGGCUUUUCAUGAACUAUUGAAGGUCUCAUGAAAGGUAACCAAGAAACUGCAAGAAUGGUAACAAAAUCUUGUAAGUGGUAAAGAUGGUUAAGAGUUCCUCAAGAAUUUGGGGUUUUAGUCAUCAUGAAAAUGGUGUGCCACUUAAAUAGCUAUCUCAGUUCUUUGAAGAUGUGUUUGUCGAGGGUGUUUACGUUUAUUACGUUGGAGACUACAUUUUUCCUUGAUGUGCUAUGUUUUAUUUCAUAUGUAAAUUCUUUAUCUGCUUUCUGUUGAAGGAACAUUCCUAUUUUCAGAAGAAAUGAGGAUCCAAAGAAUUUCACUUUAUUUUGUCAGCACCAUCAGCUGUUACAUUCAGAGUCUUAAGACCGUUUGGUGUUGGUUGCUGUGAUUGUCAGUAAUCCAUCCACUUUGAGCAAGAAACAAUUUCCACUAGGAAAAUUAUUGUUGAUUGCAGGCAUCUUGUCUUAGCUGAUCGCUUGCUGUCCAGAGGAACUGAACCUAAAACCAAAAGUAGCCAGGCAAUUCCACAGGCUAAUUAGGUUAAUAGAGUCGAAGUCUCAUUUGGCAGUUGGCCUUGUUUGUAUAUGAGGUAAUCCAGCUACUUCCUAUGUUAAAGUGGAAAUACGGAGGCCAAAUUCAUUUAUGUUUGACUUGAUUAUGUUUGUCCAGCCACAUCCCCUUCAGGAAAAAUUGUUGAUAUACCUGCUUUCCAUCUUUUAACUUUUGCAAGUGGAAGCAGGAAUUUGCUACUGUGGGAUCCCAUCCUUUUUCCACCUUUUGUUGGAAGCGGGAACCUUAUCAGAUUAGGCCAAGCGACACAUCCAGUUGUAGGACAAAGAGGAGCUUGCUCUAUGAAAAAGUCAAUUUGGUCUCCUAACUUCUCAGGAAGUUUCCUGUAUAAAGUACAUAAAACUGUAACAGAGAAGGCUUCUGACAAGAGACGAUUUUCUGACCUUAGCAAUUGGCAUCGGGAACUUCUAACCAAAGAAACUGUUGGAGCAGAGCUGGCUGAAUUCUGGAGGUGGUCAUGACGAACAUACUGAAACGGAGGUGACAGCAACUAAUUUUUGCAUACCUGCACCUAUUACCUAUAUAGCAACACAAAUCUCAAUCCUGAGACGGAUUUGGCAUGUCUGGCAUAUGUCUUUGAUCCUGGUUUGAGGUUCAGUCUCGAAUGGCUGCUACUUUGUAUGUGUGCUACAUGCAUGAUUUUAUGUCCAUGUAUCUGUCAUGGGCGUAUAUUUUGGUAAAUGGAAGCAGCAUGUACACAAAAUUUUUUCCUUCGAAAAUUACUAAAGAUAUUGCUUCUUUUUUAUGGCAAAGUGCCUCUUGCGUGUAUCUUCACUUUCUGCAGAACUGUAAGAAGAUACUGCUUUUUCUGUGGAAAGACAUUCUAUUGUUUUAUAAUCA